AUUUCCUCUUUUGUCACACGGUGUGCUUCUUGGCAGCAACAUCUCCGGUCUAUAUCCAGCACGGUGUGUGUGUCUGAGUGUGUGUGUCUGAGUGUGUGUGAUGGUGUGUGUUUGGUAGUGAUAUUGUCGCCGUGGAGAUGUCGGGGGACACCGCCACCCUGUCCUGGAGGAAUGUUGAGCCAACCAGCCAAUCACAGCUGUUAGACCCCACAAAGACGGUUGCCGGUAACAACACUCCAGCGAAGAUCAUCAAAGUGUGUUUCACCAGCAACGGCUCCAUCCUGGGGAAAAACUUUAAACUGGUCCGGUGUGAGGAUGGAUGGACCAUCAGGGCUGUGGUGGGUGCGGUGUUGUCCAGCGGGUGUAUCGGAGCGGGGAUUCGCCACGCACACUGCUACGGCCUCCUGCUCAAACACCUCAAGUCCAGCGAGGAGCACUGGCUGCACCCUGACCUCACCGUGUCAGAGCUCGCCCUGCGCUACCAGCAGCAGCACCUGGAGGCCGAGUGGAGAUAUGAUCUGAGGAUAAGGUACAUCCCAGCUGAAUUUAUGGCGAAGUUUAAAGAGGAUAAAACCACCAUGACGUUCUUCUACCAACAGGUGCGUAGUGACUACAUGCAGCACCAUGCCAGUAAAGUGAGUGAUGGCAUGGCCUUGCAGUUAGGCUGUCUGGAGAUUAGGAGAUUCUAUAAGGAUAUGAACCCCAACGGACUGGAAAAGAAGUCAAAUUUCGAACUACUGGAAAAAGAUGUGGGUCUUGAUCAAUUUUUUCCCAGGGAGUUAAUAGACAGCAUGAAGCCUAAGCACCUCCGUAAGCUGGUGCAGCAGACGUUCCAGGGCUACUCCAGCCUGCAGGAGGACCAGUGCAUGGAUCGCUUCUUCUCCACGCUGGCCACCUGCCACGACUACACACAUGAGAGCUUCGCCUGCGAGCUGGUGCAAGAUUGGAAACUGGCGGUAGACCUGGUCAUCGGUUCUGCAGGGGUCUGCCAUCGUGCUGACAAAAGCUCUGUGCCUGUUUGCUUGGCCAGUUUCUCUCAGAUACAAAGUAUUAAAUGUUCCCAGCAAGAAGACAACAGAGGACUGCUCACAGUCGGUAUCAAGGAAUCCAAACAGCCUCUGCUGGUGAACACGCCCUCUUUGGCCACAACUGAGAACAUGGCUGACCUCAUAGAUGGUUACUGUCGCCUGGUGAACUCCACGGAGGCCUCUGUCAUAGUCAGGACGUGCAAGAGGAGAGUGUCCAAUAUCGCUCUACCUGCCAUCCCCACAUGCAGGAGCAAGGAGGACUCUAGUGUAAGUGUUCACGGACGCCGUGUGGGUUCUGAGAUCUACGCUGAGAUCCCAGAAGGUAAAGAAGACCGUGAGAGUAGGUUCCGCCUGUCUAGAGAUGACAUCAUUGUGGGACGCAUCCUGGGGGAGGGCUUCUUUGGAGAGGUGCAUGAUGGGAUGUAUAAAAGCCCAACAGGGGAGAGAGUUCGAGUAGCAGUGAAGACGUGUAAGGACUGUAGUGACGAGGUGAAGGAGAAGUUUCUGAGUGAGGCUGUGUUGAUGAAGAGUCUGGACCACCCCCACAUCGUGCGCCUGAUUGGGGCGAUCGAAGAGGACCCUGUGUGGAUCGUCAUGGAGCUCUAUGAACGUGGGGAGUUGGGGAACUACUUGGUUGAGAAGCAGCACAGUCUGAGCAGGGUGACUCUGGUCCUCUACAGUUUGCAGAUCUGCAAAGCACUGGCCUACCUGGAGGGCCUUAACAUGGUGCACAGAGACAUAGCGGUGCGGAACGUACUAGUGGCAUCUUCUGACUGUGUGAAGUUGGGAGACUUCGGCCUGUCUCGCUACAUUGAGGAGCAGGAGGAGUACUAUAAAGCGUCUGUGAGCCGAUUGCCUAUCAAGUGGAUGGCCCCAGAGUCCAUCAACUUCAGACGGUUCACCUCUGCUAGUGAUGUCUGGAUGUUUGGCGUGUGUGUGUGGGAGGUGCUGUCUGUGGGGCAGCAGCCGUUCUUCUGGCUACAGAACGGGGAGGUGAUCAACCAGCUGGAGGUAGGGGUGCGUCUGCCCCAGCCCCCCCUCUGCCCCGGGGAGCUCUACUCCCUGCUGACGCAGUGCUGGAGCUAUGACCCCCACACACGGCCCCGCUUCACAAAGGUGGUCUGUGAGCUCAGUGAUAUAUACAGGAGGAUGGAGAAGCAACAGGACGGUGACAGGAUGACAGAGGCCCCCCCUAAGCCAUCAAGGCCAUCAAAGCCACCUGGUUUCCACGGGAACACUCUCCCUCCGGGCAUGCGGAUGGAGAGACUAGGGUCUCUGCGUGGAAGCUCCGCUGCGCUCAAUAGCUCCUCAUGCGGUUGGAACACUGGUGGCUCCCUCCCACGGUCACUGCAGCGACAGAUGAGCUUUGGGGGAGAGGCAGAUGAGAGGCAGGCGUGGGAGAGAGAGAGGGUGGAGGACACACUGCGAAGACAGAAGCAGGAAAUGCAAUCUGACAAGCAGUGGCUGGAGCAGGAGGAGAGGCUGCUAGAUCCAUCUGUUAAACCAGAUUUGGAGGUUCCUAUGCUGCCAGAGAGGGAGACAGGAGGAGCAGGUGAGUGUCUGAAGCCUCCUAAGCCAGCAAGCCAACAGCAGAUGCCCACUGCUGAGCUGGACCGAUCAGGUGACCAGGUGUACCUUGGUGUCAUGGCGAUGGUGAAGGACGUGGUUGAGCUGAAGAACAAAGUCAACACACUGCCGGCCUCAGAGUAUCCCAACGCUGUGAAGGCGGUGGCUUUAACUCUUCGUAGUUUGAUUUGUAGUGUUGAUGAGAUCCUGCCAUCCCUGCACAGCUCUGUAAGGACAGAGAUUGAGGGCACUGAGAGACUGCUGAAUAAAGACCUGGGGGAGCUGAUCAGUAAGAUGCGAUUGGCCCAGCAGAACUCUGUGACAUCACUGAAGGAGGAGUGCUGCAAGCAGAUGCUUUCCGCCGCUCACACGCUGGCACUGGACUCUAAGAACCUGCUGGACGCCGUGGACCAGGCCCGGGUCAGAGCCAACCUGGCCAGACCAACGCCAGACCCACCGGGGCCAGACUCACCGAGGCCAGACUCACCAGGGCCAGACUCACCGAGGCCAGACUCACCGAGGCCAGACGAACCGGGGAUAGACUCACCGGGGCCAGACCCACCAGGGCCAGACUCGCCAGGGCCAGACCCGCCAGGGCCAGACCCGCCAGACUCAGCCCAACCAAGUGCCACGGUUCUAUGAAUUAGAAUCUCACCGCAGGAUCACUGAAAAUCAUAAACACUGUAGCACAGUCCACAGACAAAGCACGGUACCAUCACACCUUCUCCUACCCCCGACAAGGAAAGGGUCUUCCCCCUUUGUCCUUCUCCCAGAGGAGAAGCUUCAAAGCUUCUGACCCAGCAUGGGGUCAGAUACAGAGGCCACACGGCCCACAGUAUCAGAACAAAGGAUUUACAAGGAAUAACUUUCUUAAAGGAUUUACAAACAUAUUCUCAAGGACUACAUGGCUCAUGGACACUAUUUCAAUGACAGUAGUUGAUGUGUUAUAAUGUGUGUUUUUCCCAUUUACUUAGAACGUUGUUUAAUUGAGGUUUGAUUAUAACUUCCCUUCAAGUAUAGUUAAGUCAGCCAAUCUGGAUAUCAAAAUGAUUGUACCAUACUAACAAAACCAUUUACGAAUGUUGUAUUGUUAUAUUCUGAAGUAUAAGCAAUACAUGGACAUUUGAAAUAGCUGAACUCUGAAAAGUUAUCAGCCACUUCACACCUAGGCAGAUCUCAGGACGACGCCCAGGUGGGGGAAAACUGACCAAUGAAAGAGGUCACCUUCACGGGGACCCCCCCUUUUCCUUUGGAGUAUAAAACCCCCAAACGUACAAUCACCCCCGCUUGUUCGUAGGAUUAAACUGAAGUGCUAGCUACAUUUCUAAACUAUUCCUCUCAACCUGCAAAUUCACUGAGCGCCCGGAACUUUGGCCAAAGAUUCCGUUGUUCUAUUUUCGUUGGACGAUAACGAAACCAUUGACUCUACCUUUCUUCAAACCGACAAAAGUAACUACGAUUUGCAAUAUUUCUUACCUGUGACAUAUUGGCAUGUUGUGAUUAAAUUGUUGAUGUUUGAUUGUAUUUUACAAAUGAGUUAGCUUAACCCUUGCUAAGUUUGUUGCCCUUGCUCGUCCAUUGUUCCCAAAGGCCUACCCCUCUCUCUCUCUCUCCCUCCCCCCUUUACACGCGCUCUACACAGCCAUUGUGUUGCUCGCCCUCAUUUGCAUCCAGCCACUGUACUACUCUGACUAACCCAUAACUUAUCUGGUAUUUGUUCAUUAUAAUUACAUUCUCCUAAAUAAAUCAUUGUGUAUAAUAUUCGCGUA